AUGAAGUUUAACCAUUCGAUAGCUGAUUCAAUAUCCGAAAACAAGUUUCUCCAGAGUUGGAUCGGAAAGCUCAUUCUUGGAGGAAUCGCUUUGGUGGCCACCCUCAGAUAUUCAGCUGGAAUUUAUGCUUGGCGUCAAACGGAGUUGUUGGAACGUCCCAAGUAUCAAGUCCUACAACAGCUGUCCAAUGGUGUCGAAUUGCGACGAUAUGAACCCUACAUUAUUGCCGAGACUACCAUUGCGGGACAAUCGGGAUUCAAGCAACCAAGUUCUCAAGGUUUUCGUGUCUGCGCUGGUUAUAUUUUUGGCAAGAACCGAGGAAUGCGUCAGCCAAAGACUGCCACAUCUUGGUUCAGGGGAGAGAAGAGUUUGGAGGCAGAGAAAAUGGCAAUGACGGCACCUGUCCGUGUGGAGGGAACUGUAGAAAAUAAGAGCACAAGCGAAGGAGAGAAGAUGGCAAUGACGGCGCCUGUUCGAGUCCAAGGAAGUACGAAGUACGAAAGUAGUGAAAGCAGCAAUCCUGGCAAGAACGGUAGUACCAAGGUUUCCUUUGUCAUUGGCUCUAAAUACUCGUUGAAAACUGUUCCAAGACCAUUGGAUUCCAAAUCUAUCAAACUUCGUGAGGUACCAGCCCACACUUUGGCUGUCCGUCAGUUCAAUGGUCCUCCUCCGAGUGAAGAACGGGUUCGCAAGGAAAGGCACAUCAUUGAUCGAGCCUUGGCUAAGGCAGAUGUUGCCAUGGACGAAAAUAAUGUAAAACAACUGACCCUGAAGCAAAAGAAGAAAAAUGGCAAGGGGGACGACGACACGACCUUGGUUUACGGGUACCACGAUCCCUUCAUUACUCCCAAUUUCUUGCGGCGGAACGAAGUAGCUGUUGUUGUUGAGGGUACAGUGUAA